CAUGGAAGACAACUCCAUACGCAGAUCGAGAGAAUCACAAAAUUUAGAUUUAAGAGAUAAGCGGAGAUUAGUAGAGAAACUUUCCGUUAAUAUAGUGCGUGUGUGUGAGAGAGAGAUGGGUUGGGGAAUGGCGAUUUACGAAGGGGUGGUGGUGGUUGGGUCGCUUUGCUUGCUGGGCUGGGCGGGGUUGUGGUUCUUGAACCGGAGACUCUACAAAGAGUAUGAAGAGAAGAGAGUGUUAGUUCAGAUCAUUUUCAGCGUCGUUUUUGCUUUCUCUUGCAAUCUUCUUCAGCUCGUCCUUUUUGAGAUCAUCCCUUUCCUCUCCAAAGAGGCAAGAUGGAUUAACUGGAAGGUGGAUCUGUUUUGUUUGAUAUUGUUGUUGGUGUUUAUGUUGCCUUAUUAUCAUUGCUACUUGAUGCUUUGUAACAAUGGUGUAAGGAAGGAACGAGCUGCUCUUGGAGCCAUCUUGUUCUUGCUGGCCUUUCUAUAUGCUUUUUGGCGCAUGGGCAUUCACUUCCCAAUGCCUUCACCUGAUAAAGGUUUCUUUACCAUGCCUCAGUUAGUCAGCAGAAUUGGGGUCGUUGGUGUGACUGUCAUGGCUGUUUUAUCUGGCUUUGGAGCUGUGAAUUUACCAUACAGUUAUUUGUCCCUCUUUAUUAGAGAAAUUGAGGAAUCAGAGAUCAAGGCUUUGGAAAGGCAAUUAAUGCAAUCAAUUGAAACUUGUGUUGCAAAGAAAAAGAGAAUUAUUCUUUCUCAAAUGGAGAUGGAGCGAAUUCAAGGAUCAGAAGAGAAGUUAAAGGCUAGAUCUUUCUUCAAUCGAAUAGUUGGAACAGUUGUACGAUCAGUUCAAGAUGACCAAAAGGAGCAAGAUAUUAAAACCAUGGAAGCAGAGGUACAAGCUUUGGAAGAGCUUUCAAAGCAGCUUUUCCUAGAGAUAUAUGAACUUCGCCAAGCUAAGGAGGCAGCUGCUUUUUCUCGGACCUGGAGGGGUCACAUGCAGAAUCUACUUGGCUAUGCAUGUUCUGUCUAUUGUGUGUAUAAAAUGAUCAAGUCUUUGCAAAGCGUUAUUUUCAAGGAGGCUGGCUCAGUAGAUCCUGUGACUAGGACUAUCAGCAUAUUCUUGCAGUUCUUUGAUAUAGGAAUCAAUGCUGCAUUACUAUCACAGUACAUUUCGUUGUUAUUCAUUGGAGUGUUGGUUGUUAUAUCAGUUCGGGGGUUCUUAACCAAUCUGAUGAAGUUUUUCUUUGCAGUUUCCAGAGUAGGGAGUGGAUCUUCAAGUAACGUUGUACUUUUUCUGUCUGAAAUUAUGGGAAUGUACUUUGUCUCUUCUAUUCUUUUGAUAAGGAAAAGCUUAGCAAAUGAAUACAGUGAACACCUGAAAUUUGUCGGCUGUGUUCAAUUGGGCUAGCUAACAUACAUCAAGAAGAUGCUAUUUGAAUCCUAUUGCCAGAGGAACCAGAAAUUACUCCAAAACAUAUGUGCAAUCAGGAAAAAAAAAGGGCUUGUGUUGGAAAGCUUAUCAGCCAAAUUGCAGUAGCAUUGCAAUGUUCAAGUCCCAAGAACAAAAAAAUGUUGAUUCAAAAUUUCUUUUUAAUAGUUUCCAGCAGUGAAAAAGACCCCCAAUCCCUGUUUUUUGGUUGAUAAAAGCAAACCAAGUAAAUGUGACGCCAAAAUCACAAGAGUAGAGAUGAGAUUUCCUUCCCUUGAAUGCAUAUAUAUAAGUAGGAUCAGGUGGCUGCAUAUAUAUGAGUAGGAUCAGGUGGCUGCUAAUUAAUCAUUCGAUGCAUGAUUAUAAAUGACAAGGACCUUAUUCCCACAUAAUCAUACUGCAUGUGAAGUUGCAAACUGUUCUUGAUUUUAUCUAAUGGGGUAUCUCU